AUGCAAGCUGACUCGACAUCGAAGUAUUAUUUAACAAAUCAGCCAUCUGCUUCGGCCAUUGAUCCAUUUGAGAUCGAAAUGAAACCUACGACGUCACUGUCAUCGUCAGAAAACAACUCAAAUACCAAGUCGGACACGCCUGAGAACAUGGAUUGUUGUGAUUGCUGUGGUAAAAUUUGUUCGGAGUGCACACAAUGUUGUGGUGUAACUUGUGGCCCCCUUUUCGAUGCGUAUUGUACAUUAUGUAUUUGUUUAACAUGUUGCAAUCAAUAA